UAUCCAUUAAUUGAGAAGUGCUGAUUUUUGAUAAAAUUUGAGUUCAACGGUGUGAUGGUAUAAAUACGCCCGAGAAUUCAGUCCACAUCACUCCAUUAGAGAUCGACUUUGUGACUAAGAUGAACAAACUAACAAUUCUGAUCGCUGUGGUCGUCUGCAUGGCAGUCUGCAAUGCCAGAGUUUUGCAGGAGAAGAAGGACCUUUAUGACCUCCACAAAGGCCUCGUGGAGAAUGGCCAAUACGACCUAUAUGAAGACAUUUCGAAGCUGAAGUACCCUAGCGACUGUCAAAGACAGAAACUGCGUACUUACGCCGAGAACUGUGGACUGAUCAUCGAGAAUGGCAGGAAUCACUUGAAAGUCAGGGACCCAGAGACUGGCGCGAUUAUCACGGAUAUCCCCCAUAAGGUGAAGGGCAACGGCACCUGCCGAGACAUCAUCAACAUUCUGAACGGUCGCUGUCAGAACAGGUACUACGACUCCUAUGCUGCCUACGACUCUUACAACGGGAAGGAAUAUUAAAACUCGACAGCAAACCUGUAACAAAUGCUUGUCACACCACAGCAAAUACGACGGUAUAUGAGAGUAAAGCAAUCUAACAACAUUGAAAGUCUGUAUGACUUUUUAUAGGAAACAUUCACUCCACACAAUGUCGGUUAAUAGCAUGGAAUUGUAUUUCAGUAUUAUGAUAAGACUUCUUGUGUAUUGAUAUAUAUUGUAUAAAUACAAAACAUGUAACAUACUGGUACACUGUUGGAUCUACGACACAAAAUAGGUGUUACACUGAGGUUUUGGCAAUGUAUGUCUUAAACAAAUUUGUAAUCAAAAUUAAAUAUAAUUACUCGAACUGUGAGUGCAAUUAUCCUAACCGAGUUUUAUAUGGUGUCAAACAUAAAAAUGUUGUUAUAUGAAUGUAUACUGUACAUUAUAUAUACAUAUAUAUACCCGAGAAUAUGUAAUAAAUAUGAAACUUCAA